UAUAUAUACAGGAAUUUGGGGACGGGAGGGCAUCAGAAGUGAAGGAUUGAUAGAGCCGGCGGCGAGAACAAAACUAGAGAUCUGCGAACCGCGUUCCGAGGGAGAUCUGCCAACGGGAUAAUCGUCGAUGGCGACAGCACUUGGGUUUGCGGCGAGGAAAAUCUGCAGUCGAGCCCUUGAGCGACCAGCGCAGCAGCUAUUUUCGACGGCCGCUUCAGCGGUUGUCAAAGAGGAGCAGCGGAUGCUGCUGCCAAGGAUUAGCCAUGGCGGGAGCUCACUUCGUCGGUUCAGCUCCUCCGAAGCACCAAAUCUUCUUAAUAAUAACAAGCAUCUGCCUUGUGAAGCAAAGUCAGGCCUCUCCAAGCGAAUAGAGGAGAAGAAACAUGAGCUGCUCGAUCUGCUCCGACAGAUGGAAGGAGAUUAUUCCAAGCUCAAUGAGCCGAAGGAGCUUCAACAUUUGCUUCAGCGAUCUAAUGAAAGAUUCUUAGCCACCCACUCUAAUGUAACAGUGGGCGCAAUUUUAGCGGCAGCUGUUACCGUGUCUGUGGGGUACAAAUUUGUCUUAGGGCGGAAAGAGAAGUAAUAGUUAAUGCUGCACAUGUGCGUCUUACUGAACCUUUAUUAUCCACUACAUCUUACUGAACCUUUUUGAGCUUUA